AUGCAUGCCUCCGCCACUGGACCGCGCAAGGACCUCGACUGGCCCAUAGGUGCUCUCAUUAACCAGGCGUGCCACGCCUGCACGGCCAUGGCGUGGGAGGCGCGCGGAGACGAGAUGGCGGCCGCGUACCUCUCCGAGGAGGAGGGGCAGAUGAUCAAGAACACCCUGGCUGCGAAGGGGGAGGCGGAGCUUCAGAAAGUGGCCGCGAGGCUGGACAAGGCUGGAGUGCCCUACAAGCUGUGGGUGGAGCAGCCCGAGGACGUGCCAGUCUGCAUCGCCACGUGGCCCAGGAGGCGCAGCGAGCUCAAGAAGCCCACCAAGGGCCUCUCGCGCUUCUGA